CACAUAAAUUUUCGCGUGGUCGUUCACUGCGCUUACUUCACUCUUCCGUUUGACUACGAAGCUUCUUGGUGAUCAAUCAAGCAAAUUUGUAAAAGAACGACAAUGGUCAGACAUGAAGAAAGACUUUGGACAAUUAAAAUAGCAGGAAACAAAGCCUAUUUUUAUAAGGCUGGAAAACAGCUUGAUGGUCUAAAAAAUCCAUUGGUGGGAGCUAAAACUAAGAGUUUAAAUGUGAGGUCACAAACGAGAAUCACUGUUGAGCUUGAAUUUGCCUCUGGUGGCCAAGCAGAUUCCUUACAGUUUGCCACAGUAGAUCCAAAAUAUUUCAACAAGUUUGGAUCUGAUGGUGAUUUUCGAUCAAUCAUAACAAGAGAUGCAACGCAGUUGUCAGAAGAAAUAUGUGCUAUUCUAAAGAAAGUCUGUGUACCAGAGAAAGAUAAUGUCAGUCAAUCCCCAUCUUCUUCUGGGCAGUCAACUCCACCUCAAUCAAGUUCAAGUUCACCACCUAAACGAGCUUUAUCGCCUAUUUAUUCAAAAAGUCAAGAGACCUCAAAAAAGAAAAAGAAAAGAAGUUGUGAGCCAUCCACAAGUGAAUAUGUGAAGGACAUAGAAACAAGGUGUAGUGCAUGUAGACUAGAAGGAGCUCACUUUAUCCCAAUUCAAAAGUUUGAUGUCCCACCAAAAGAGAGACAGAUACGUAGGGUUGAUGAUUCCUUUCUUGCGCUGUUGGAAAAAAGCUUGAAGGACCAACCAGAUGGUAACUAUGAGCCACUAUUUGUCCUGGUUAAGAAUUGUGAAAAGAAGGAAAGUUUUGAUAUAAACAAGAUUGAAGAAUAUGAGUAUGAAGUUCUUGGUGGAACUCAUCUGACAUUAGCCACAAAGAAACUACAUGAGCAAUACCCUGGUAACAAAAGCUACUUUGGACGAUUUGCUAGAAUAUAUGUUGGCCUUAAAGACGAGGAGGCACGGUGGCUUGGUGCUAUGCACAAUAACACUGGUGCUAUUCGGCAUGGUCUCACCUACAUAGAUGAGUUGGAAAUUUGCCGCCAACAGCAGAAGCAAACACCUGGAGAAAAUGAAAACUGGAGAGACAUGUGUUCCAGUCUUCUGAACAAACCAAAAAGAAAUAUUAGUGAAAUUUUUACAAUGGCUCAGAUUUCUCAAGUUGCCUGGAAUCUCCUCUUAGACAUAAGUUCUAAGUAUGAAAAAGGUGAUUUGAAAGAUCAAAAGGUGAAAGCUGUAGAAAUAAUCAAGGGGAAGCCAGUCUUGAAACAAUGGCAGUUUAAAGAACUCUGCAGCCUAAGCGAUGAGGACAGAACAUUUCUUUUGGAUAAGGUGUCAAAACUGGAAAUGAAUCUAGAUGAAAUGAAGUUAGCAGCCAAAGAGAUCAAGCAAGUCAGACCCAUCCAGGUAGCCAUUGUGGAUUUUUUCAAGUUCAAAAGCUGGGAAGAAGCUUCCAAUAAGUUUGGAGAGGCAGUUUCUAUAAAAAAACUACUGAGAUAUGCUGGAAAAGCAUUUGAAGGAACCCAUGAAUUUCAAAUGUUUCUAAAGCAACUGAAAAGAAUCACACAAAAUGAAGAUCAAGAGCCUUCAGUAGAGCUGUUAGACGGUCACCUCGGUUCAAAAGGGAUGGUAAUUUAUGUUAAUCUAGAAGAGUUCCAAACAGAAGCAGCUUCAAAACUACUGAGUAACUUUGAAGGUUCAUUUCUUGGAAUUGGAGACUGUCGAGGCAAGAAAGAGGUAUGGUACAUGUAA